AAGUUGAUUAAAUGAUGAUAAUAACAAUAACAAUAACAAUAACAGAAAAUUAAGUCUCUGAUCAUAAAAAUGUGCGUGAUAUCACCAGAGAGGAGUUUUCCUAACAGCUGUUCAGUGCCAGUACAAAACAAAUGUGACAGUUGACUUGUCACAACAAAGGAGCUGCAUCGAAUUUUAUUAUAAUUUAGUGAUUGUUUAAAAACAAUAACCAAAAUGACUAUUUUUAAAUAAUAAUUAUUUUAUUUAAAAAUAAAAACUAAAAAUAUCUACACAAAUAUAUAUUUUUUUAUUAGUAUGUAAUAAAACGCAAUUUUGAGGUUAACGCUAGAAUCCAGUGAAUAAAUAUAUUUUUAAAUAUUUAUAAAUUGUAUUUAAAAUAUAUAUAUAUAUAUAUUUAAAAAUGGAUAAUCAAAGUACAAACUCAGUUGAACAUGAUUACACGGAAAUAGUUCAAAGGCUGUCAAGAAAGCAGAAAUGGGCAUAUGGAGUUGGACACGUCCUCAACGAUGUGUGUGCAUCUAUGUGGUUCACCUACUUGAUUGUGUUUUUUCAUUUUGUCCUGGGAUUUAAUCCAAUUUUAUCAGGAGUAGUUUUACUAAUAGGCCAAAUUGCGGACGCAGUUUCUACGCCGUUUAUUGGACUACAGUCAGAUAAAACUGACGACUUCUGGUUGUGUAGAUAUGGCCGAAGAAAAACUUGGCAUUUAAUAGGAACAAUAUGUGUGGUGUUCAGUUUUCCAUUUAUAUUUUCACGCUGCAUAAAUUGUUACCAGGCUGAUCAAUGGGCACAAAUAAUCUAUUACUCAUCUUUUAUCAUAAUUUUCCAGUUUGGCUGGGCAGCUGUACAAAUUUCACAUUUAUCAAUGAUUCCCGAUUUGACACCCACUGAACACGAAAGAACAGAGCUUACGGCAAUUAGAUAUACAUUUACUGUUUUUUCAAACGUUUUUAUCUACGGAAUAACUUGGGCAGUAUUACAUAUUACUAGUGAUGAUUUAAAUAAUCAAAUUGGCCCAAAAGAUGUCUAUAAAUUCCAACAUAUUGUUUUAAUUGGAAUGGCUGUUGGUAUUAUAGCUUCAAUAACUUUCCAUUCAAUAAUCCAAGAAACUCCUCAUGAUUCUACUGGUCCAAUAAGAAGAAAUCUAAGACCUGCAUCAUCAUUUUUAAGAGACAUUAAAUUUUAUCAAGUAGCUGUUGUGUAUAUGACCACAAGACUUUUCGUAAAUAUAUCACAAAUUUACGUACCUCUGUACUUACAUGAUACUUUAAAAAUGCCAGCGACGUCUUUGGCAAUAAUACCCUUGAUAAUGUACCUCAGUAGUUUUAAAGUAUCUCUGAUAAUAGAAAAAAUUAACACUAAGUUUGGUCGAAAGAAUUCAUAUGCUCUGGGAGUAUUGAUGGGCAUCUGUGCUUGCGUGUGGAUAUGGUUUGAUCAAGGACCAAAUUUUGUUAGAUUAUAUAUUUAUCCUGUAUCUUUACUUCUAGGUUCCAGCGGGUCUAUUAUGUUGGUGACGAGUCUUGGAGUGACUGCGGAUUUAAUUGGACCAAACACUGAAAGUGGAGCCUUUGUUUAUGGUGCUAUGAGUUUUACUGACAAACUCAGUAAUGGUUGCGUUGUUAUGGCAAUUCAAUACACAAUAAAUAAAAUAAAUACGCCCAAUUAUUAUCGAGACGUAUUAAGUUUAGUCUGUGGUGGAUCUGCGAUCAUAGGACUUUUAAUGUUGUUGUCUAUUAGGUCUAUAAGGAGUCAAAUUGAUGAUGGAAGACAGUAUCGGAAUAUUCAAUCGGAAGAUACAUUUGAACCUAGUGAAGCUGACUCGCAAGUCAUUGUUGAUAAUACAUAAUAAUAUGUAUAAAAAUUGUACUUAUUGAUUUUUAGGUAAAUUAUUUUAUUGAA